UGGUUCCGUGUUCAAGGCUAGCGUCACCCGGGCUAGGGCGGACGGUCGUACCCGAAAGCCGAGCUAGAGUUUGCGGCGGGCCGGGAAGGCUGCUCACGGCCCGGGGGGGGGCCUCUCCUGGCUUUGCAGCCCGCUGCAGCUUCCCCGCCCCCGGGACUGUCCCGAGCCGGCUCUGCUGGGGGCUGGUAGCCCGCUGGGCGGAGGCCACGCCACGGAUCGCCGCCUUCUGUCUCGCCGCACAACUUCCUCUCCCAGGGAACUGCGCGGCGGCCGGGCCGGGGCGGACGCGGAGCCGCGUCUAGAGCGGGCCGGGCCGGGCCAGGCGCGGGGCCAUGGAGAGCCCCGCCGUCACCUUCACUUUGGCCUAUCUGGUGUUCGCCGUCUGCUUCGUGUUCACCCCCAACGAGUUCCGCUCGGCCGGGCUCACCGUGCAGAACCUGCUGGCCGGCUGGCUGGGCAGCGAGGACGCGGCCUUCGUCCACUACCACCUGCGGAGGAGCACGGGCACCAUGCUGGCCCACGGCCUGCUGCCGCUCGGUUAUUACAUUGGCAUGUGCUUUGCAGCACCAGAGAAACAGCUUUUUUAUUUUUACCAGGCCUCAGAAGGCUGGAAAAUAUUCUUCUUGCUGGCUAUUCUUGCUCCAACAGUCACUGGCAUCCUGGCAUAUUACUGGUCACAGAACGGCUGGGAUAACCAUCCUUUAGCUCGAACACUUGCCUUUCAUGCUCUUCCACAGUCUGGUUGGCGAGCAGUGGCUUCUUCCAUCAAUACAGAAUUCAGGAGGAUUGACAAGUUUGCUACUGGAGCACCAGGAGCAAGAGUGAUUGUUACAGACACUUGGGUGAUGAAAGUGACCACCUACAGUUUACAUGUUGCCCAACAGCAGGACAUUCAUCUGAUGGUGACAGAUUCCAGACAACACGAACUCUCACCUGAUACAAACAUGCCCGUGCAGUUCCUCACCAUCCGCGUUGCCAGUAUUAAUCCCUAUGUGAAAGCUUUUGAUAUCCGGUUGAACUCCACAGAGUAUGGGGAACUACGAGAGAAACUUCAUGCUCCAAUCCGUAAUGCAGCUAAUGUUGUGAUCCAUCAGAGCCUCAGUGACUUGUUUCUGGAAACCUUUACAUCGCUGGUGGAAAUUAAUCAGACAUACCCUGUUCCUAGCAAUCAGGAGCUCGAGCCAUGUAUAGGGUGUAUGCAGACUAAUGCAAACAUCAAGCUUGUUAAAAAUUGCCAAGAGCCAAACGAAGGAGAAUGCCAGCAAUGUUACUGUCGUCCUAUGUGGUGCCUGACUUGCAUGGGGAAAUGGUUUGCCAGCCGGCAGGAUCAGCAGCACCCAGAGACCUGGCUAUCAAGCCAAGUGCCUUGUCCAACCUGCCGAGCCAAGUUUUGCAUUUUAGAUGUUUGCAUAAUACAAUGAAUAAUCUUGGUACAAUUCACCUUUUGAAAUCUGAAUGUAUUCACAGCAGGGUUGGAUGCAAGCCCCAUUAGAUUUGUUUCUUGCUCUUCUGUUUCUGAAGAGGUAAAAGCUCUGGAGUUUUCUUCUUCAGAGCCCUGAGAAUGGCAACCCAACAUUUUGUUUUCAUUUUUUCCCACUUCACAAAUGUGUUCUCAGUUUUUAUUCACUAACAUAACAGUUAAAAUUUUAGAUUGUUGAGUUUUGUGGGGGUUUUUUGGCUUUUCAUUUCCAAACUCUUGGAUGCACUUUAAACCAAUAAUAGUGCCCUAUUUGCUUCCCUUAUAUCAGAGGUGAAAACCUGGUAAACUAAUUUUAAGUGCUAUUCUAGUUACAGGAUUAAGCAUUGGUGUUUAAUGAUUCUUUAGCUAAGGGCUAAUUUUCCUUUAUAAUAAGAUGUACUAAGCAGGUUGCUAUUGCUAAGGAUAGUCGGCUCAAAUUGCAACCUAGCUUGCUUCAUCUUGAAUCCGUUUGUAAAGUCCAUGUUAAUCUUUGUGGGCUUUCCUCAAAACAGAUGUCUCAGUGUUGUGUUUUUCCUUUCCACCAAAACAGGCCCUCAGAUCAACUACUAUAGACAUCGAGGAACUCCCAAAGUUGUGUAACUUCUGCAGGGAGCUUAGCACAAAGAAGAAUAGAAAAUACAAAAUAAUUUGUUUCCAGAUAUAUUUAGUAUACAAGGAAGCUCAUUCAAAAAGUGUCGUUUAUUCAGUUCAUUAACCUGAAGUGCUCUUGGUGCUGUUUAGAGCAUCUUAUAGCUAAAGAUAAUUUUUCCCUGUUUGGAGUCUCAACACUCUCUAGCUAACGUUAAGCAUGACUUGUCUAUAUUUGGAAGGAGAGCAGUGAUCAUCUCAAUUUUCUGAGUAAUCCAAAAGAAUGUUCAGCUGUGUCAAAACCUGUAGCUUUUUCCAGUCAACUGCUUUUCCAAAUGAAUGGGAUGUCAGGACUGGAUAAGAACGUGUAGCCAUGCUGACUAUUUCAGAUAUGACCAUUAUUAGUGAAAUAGGUUUUGGUUUGGUUUUCUGCUUUAUUUUGAAGCCUGAUAAUAAACAUUUAUCACUGCUUUAACAUGAAUAGGAGAAUUUUGCAUACCUCUUAGCAUGUGUCCCCACCAGGCUCGUUUGUCAGCAGGUUUUGCACUGUUGGUAGCAGUGGCUGAAGCUGUAGUAUAGACAGAGUGUGGAUUAGACAACACAGUGGUAAAAAUGCCUGUGCUUUCCUAUACUACAGCUUCCACAAUGGAGCUGCACCAAUGCAGAAAGUCUCGAGAUUUUCCUGGUGCAGACAAGACCUUAGUACUAGCGCCUGUGUGGCCUUGUCUACUCUGGCACUUUCCUUAAAACCUCCCACUGAUGCAGCUCCACAAGGGGUAGAUAGUAGCAGUGGGAGUGUAGACAAGGUGCUAGCAGUCGCCAGCAUUUGAAUCACUGUAGGUCAUGUAGGACCACUUUGAGCAGAAGUAGAUGGCGUAGUGUAAAAAAUAAUAGCAGCCACUCUACACUAGAGAUCUCACCAUUGUUAACAAUUAUGCUUUUAAGAAUUAGAUUUUUGUUGGUAAAUGUCAGUAAAUGUUGUUUUCAUCAUACAUGCACAAACUGAUGACAAAAUAUGUCCAACAAUACUAACUGAAAUUUAUAGAUAGGCAAAGUGAGAAAAAUGCUGCUUGAGAACUUAUUAGAGUCCCACCUCAAUGUGUAUAAAGCAUGUUGUAAUGCUGGCUUUAACGGAGCUGGAGCAAGAAUGCCAUUUCGGUAGCCUUAACUUUUUGAAUCUCAACAUCUACUGUCAUAAAAUAAUUAUUGUCUGGACCACCACCACCCUCUUCUCUCCCUCCCUGCCUCACUCCCUCCCCGCCCCCUGCCAUUUCCUGAAAAGGUGAACAUUUAAAUAGAAUCAUAGAAUAUCAGGGUUGGAAGGGACCGCAGGAGGUCAUCUAGUCCAACCCUCUGCUUAAAGCGGGACAAAUCCCCAGACAAUUUUUUUUUUUUUUUUACCCCAGAGCCCUUAGUGGCCCCCUCAAGGAUUGAACUCACAACCCUGGGUUUAGCAGGCCAAUGCUCAAACCAAACAAAUAAAAAUAUUUUAAAAAAAGCUUAAAAAUAAACGUCUGUAUUAUCUGCCAAAAUUAUUUAAAAAACAAAACAAUUCUGCCAAGCAUAGUAAUACAAGCAGUGAGCUGCAACAGAGAGAGAUUUCAUUUAAACUUUGGUGUAUCCACAGCCUGUGUGAUAUGUAGACACAAACCAGGCAUGUCAAGAACUGGUUACAAAUAUAGUUAAAACUUGUAUUGUGGACAGGUUUAAGGGCACUUAGAAAUGGCAUAUAGACCUCUUUUUUGUUUUAAUAUUCAUAUAUAUAAACUGCCAGACUAUUUGUAUUUGGGGAAAAUACUCCCUUGAGCAUGCAUCACAACUAUUAGGCAUUCACUCUUUACUAUGAAAUACUGGCUACUUUUUAUACUAUAAAUUAAUAAUGAUGAUUUUCCUGGGUUUCAUAUUUCAGCUGUUUCAGAUUGUAUGUAAUGGAAACUUGACACAGAGGCUGACCAUGUGGAUCUGAAUCUCUUUCGUAAAAAAUUGCUAACUGACAUCAGUGUUUUAUUUGACUAGAAUCAAAUUGAAUUCCUUAACUUCAGGCUUGUGCUACGUCUGGAAAAAAAAUCACAACACUAACUAAUAAUUUAAAAUACUCUCCAGUAGUUUGUGGGGAGGUUAUUUUGAAGUGACAUUUACAGUAUUCUUUUAGCCUAUAUUACACAGUCUUAGUGGGCUGAAUUCUGCUCUCUGAUAGGUGUGUGCAUUUCCCCUCUGUAAUAAUUUUUGCAGAUAAGGAUACUUUAUUACCGUAUUUAUUUCAAUCAAGUUUGCACAACGCAGUUGUAAGGCGGUGUGGUCUUUGAUAGAGUAGGUGUAGCAGGGAAAUGGGAGUCUGAACUUGGCUCUCCCACUGACAGUCACUCAAUUUCUAUGUUUGUUUUCCCAUUUGGAAUAAUAAUCUUCUACUGGAGAGGUGUUAUGAAGCUUAAUUCAUAAGGGAUGUAAGAUCCUUGGAUGAAAAGCACUAUAGAAUUGCAGAGUAUUUCUUAAUAAAGUAAAAAUAAGAUGAUUGCCAGUAUGUCUUUUUAAUAAGCUUUCUUAUCUGAGCAGCUUGCUCAAGAGAUUCAUUGUAUAUUUCUUUACUUUUUUAACUAUAAAAAGCCUCUCUUUGAGGUGAUUGGAAGUUUUAAUUUCAGUGAAUCUUUGUGUCGUAAGAAUAGAGCUUAGUAAUACUUUAUAAUAUUGUAGUAUACCAAAUGUACUAAUACACAUAAAUGUAAAAUAUUCUUGCAUGUUUUAAGGGUAGUGCUGUAUCUAUAGAAGUACAGUGUUUUUCAAAUGUGGCCACAUGUGGUCACCAGAGUGUUUUCCUGUGGCCAUGACAGCCACCUGGGCAGAGAUGGGGGAGGGGUCAAACAGAAGCCCAUUCCUGCAGUGUCCAGGUGCUCUAGGAGAGGGCAUCUCCUCUCCUCCUUCCCCCUUCAGCUACAGGACUCCAGAGGUUGCCUUCAGCCCCCUCUGGGGCUCUGGCAGUGGGCUCCAUGCUUCAGACCCUCCCCCUGCCAAUCUUCAGCUGAGGGGCUCUGGCUUUCACCCCUCCCCUGGCUGAUGAGGCUUCAGGCCCCCUCCCACCCUCCCUUGGCUCCAGUCUGGGCUUCAGCUCAGGGCAAUGGGGCUUCAGCAGGGCUGGCCUUACCAGGCAUCGUGGUCAAGAGGCAUGGAGUGGGAUGAACCUGGGGUGUGAGGCCUGAGGGUGGGGGGGAAUGAUUGGGAGCCUGGGGAGGGAUCUGUGGGGCCUGGGGGUGGCAGCAGGGGCUGAGACACCAAAAUGCAACUGUAUGUUAUUUUUAUUGAGUCUGGAACCCUCCAUAAAUAAAUUACAAUGAUUUGGACAUGCA